CGUACCAAACUCAACAUUAAUCCCCAACAAUGGAGGCUCCUUCUUGGGCUCUCAUAGUAAUGGCAUUGCUAGCUGCCUUGUCCUUUCUUUCUAAAAUAAUAACCUUCAAACGCCACCAACUGAAAUUAGCACCGGGUCCUAAACCUUGGCCGAUCAUCGGCAAUCUAAACCUUCUUGGUCCCCUCCCUCACCAAUCUCUUCACAAAUUGUCUCAAAGAUACGGACCAAUUAUGCAGCUCAAGUUCGGAUCGUUGUCAGUUGUGGUUGCCUCAUCUCCCUAUAUGUCAAAGCAAUUCCUAAAGACAUAUGACCACAUCUUUGCCUCUAGACCCCAAACUGCUGCAGGGAAGUACAUUUCGUACAACCACACCAAUGUCUUAUGGGCACCUUACGGACCAUAUUUACACCAAGGCCGUAAAAUAUUUAUGUCCGAGCUCUUUACCUCAAAAAGACUCGAGUCGUAUGAGUAUAUUCGUGUCGAAGAAAGGAGAGCUCUUGUCUCUCGCCUAUGUGCCUUGUCUGGGAAGCCCAUUAGCAUGAAAGAACAUCUCUUGCGCCUCACUCUAAGCGUUAUAAGUAGAAUUGUAUUGGGUAAGAUGUAUUUCAGUGAAUCCGAAUUCGAAACUUCUGCAGUCACGUUCAUGGAAAUCCUGCAAAUGCUAAAUGAGUGGUUCGUGCUUAAUUCGGAGUUUAACUUAGGCGACUGUAUUCCGUGGCUCAAUUUCUUGGACUUGCAGGGAUACGUGAAGCGAAUGAAGGCCUUGGCGAAAAAAUUUGAUCGAUUUCUUGACCAUGUUUUCGACGACCACAAGGUAAAGAGAGAAGUGGAAGAUUUCGUGCCAAAGGACAUGGUGGAUUUAUUACUGCAGCUGUCUGAUGAUCCUAAUACCGAUGUUAAGCUCACUUAUGACAAUGUCAAGGGCCUCAUUCAGGAUCUCUUAGUAGCAGGCACGGAUACAGCUGCGACUUCAGUAGAAUGGGCAAUGUCUGAACUCUUGAAGCAACCACACAUGAUCAGCAAAGCCAUUGAAGAGCUGGAUAGGGUUAUUGGAAAAGACAGAUGGGUAGACGAGAAAGAUAUACCACAACUUCCUUAUAUUGAUGCAAUUAUAAAGGAAACAAUGAGGAAACACCCUGUGGCCGUACUGCUUGCACCGCACUCAGCUCUUGAAGACUGUAAUGUAGCUGGCUACGAUAUUCGUAAAGGAAGUAUAAUUCUGAUAAAUACAUGGGGUAUGGGAAGAGACCCUUUGAUAUGGGACGCACCUGAAGAGUUCCACCCAGAGAGGUUCUUAGGAAAGGCCAUUGAUGGGAAGGGACAAUAUUUCGAGCUAUUGCCGUUUGGGUCCGGGAGGAGGAUGUGCCCUGGUUACAGCCUUGGACUAAAGAUGAUUUAUUCAACCUUGGCUAAUAUGUUACACGGAUUCGAGUGGAAAUUGCCAGACAACAUGAAGCCAGAAGAUUUGAGUAUGGAGGAAGUUUAUGGUUUGGCAACAUCUAGAAAGUUCCCACUUGUUGCAGUCACGAAGCCACGACUCCCACUUCAUCUUUAUUAGUUAUCACUUUUAAUUAGCACGAAUUAUCCAUUUCGUGUUUGCUUUAUUUUGUAAUAAUUCCCUAAUUUGAGGGGCUUGGCAAGUUGGCAUCAUUGUUAUCGUCUUCCUUGCUCUUCUACCUCUUAAAUUUCAGUCUGACCACAAUGAGAACUGUUGAGAUUCUGUUAGGAGAAA